AACGAUUUCCGGUCGGCUUGGAGAAAAUGUCAACACGUUUUUUGGAAGGACAAAAAGUCACGGUAUUCAAUUUCAGAGCUUAAAUUAGCGUUUGGACAUGAAAUGAGGGAGUGAAGCAGGAGGUUCUCAUGAAUGAAGAAACUGACUUUGAAGGAGAUGCCUAUACAACCUGCCUAAAAGUGCCUAUAUAGUAUAAUGUUCGGUACUGGAAAUAUAAAAUCAUAAUUGUUUUCUCCAAUGAACAAUAAUGUAUGGAGUAAUGAACAGAUAUUCCUACUUGUGUAGGAGACAUAUUUAUACCUUUAUUCAAAAGAAUGGUUUAUCAUCAUGUUACCACCAAAAUGUAAGCCGUUUGUUAGGGUCAUGUGUAUUGGACAAAGGAAACACCUGCAGUGGAACCAAUAUGGGACUGUAUCGAUGGCCAUGGCCAUGUCAUCAGUGUUCUGUAGCAAGGAUACAUACAACUGCCAACUGUACGGCCGGACACAACCGCUGGUCAAAUAUCAAACACAUUAAAGGACGAUCAGACCACAAACGAGCGUUACUGUAUUCCAAUCACAUUAAAAUUAUAACAGGAGUUUGCAAUAAUACAAAAGAAAAGAAUCCAAAAUACAAUCCAGAACUGGCCCGAUGUUUGACAGCUGCUAAAGCGGCUGGUGUUCCAACAGAUUUGCUGAAUAGAUUAAUGGACAAAUUAAAACGUACCGACCUGAAGCCAUACCUGUUAGAAGUGGAGGGUCCUGAUGGGAUCGGAAUUCUGCUCCAUUGUAUGGUAAUAGGAGAACAUGAAACUAGCGAGAUCCAUGCACCUCUCAAGAAAAAAGGAUAUAACAUCGGCCGUAAAGUCAACGUGGCCUACAAGUUUGACCACAAAGGAGUGAUCACAGUGCCACCUAGGAAUCAGGAGGAGAUAAAUCUGGACGAGUACCUAGAGGUUGGUUUAGAGGCUGGGGCAGAAGAUGUCACUCUGGAAACGGACGGGGAUGGAAACCAUUUUAUACAGUUUAUUUGUCAGCCUAGUGAAAUGAACAUUGUAGUCGGUAAAAUGGAGAAAAUGGGUUUGAAUGGAAUACUGAGUCAAGAGGUGUACAGUCCAAUUUAUCCUGUGAUGGUCACCCAGGAGAAAGGAGAGGCAAUUCACUCCCUCUUCAACCAGAUCAUCUCAAAGCAUGAUUUUAUUGAAGAUGUGACGUAUAACUUUGAAAUUUUGGGUGAAAGUGAAUAAAAGAAUUACUUAUGAUAUUUUUAUAAUAAA